CGGCGCAUCUCCCUUCCCAGUUUUCGUCGGCACGUUCGCACGCGCAGCGAGCCAGUAUUGGACCAGUUGGACCAGGCGCAGCGAGAAGACAGUCGAGACCAGCUGCGCGUGGCGGCCCAGGCGCUGAUCUCGGCAGUCAACGCCGGGAACGCGCCGAUAAGCGAGUUGACCGAGAUUAUCCAGAUGCUCAGCGUGGCGCAGCGGAUGCCGGACACCGUCACGAGUCCCUGCUGCGCCGCCAGCGCGGGAGAAAGUGCGGCGGCUCAGAGCCCGAGCGCGGGCGACGGGGCGCACCACGACUAUCUCUCCGAAUACUCAUCCUCCGCAAUCGUUGCGAGGCCUUGGGGCGGGGGGCGGGCUCCUGCGCCCCCUGUCCGUUCCGGGACUCCGGCCGAGUACCCUGAUCGCUCGCCCAUCCGUGGCUUCCUCAUUGACCUGGACGGGACGAUGUACGAACCCGAGGGCCUCCUCCCCGGUGCCGCCGCCUUUUAUGACUGGUUGAAUGCCUCGCGUACGCCGCACGUCUUCCUCUCCAACACGGGCGCCAAGAAUUCGGGCGGCGUGCAGAAGAAGUUCGGCUCGCCGCCGUUUGAGCUCAGCGAGAAAAAGGUGCCCCUCUCGUGCAUCCUCACCGCCGCGGAGACACAGGUCGACUACCUGCUCAAGGAGGUGCCCCGCGGCGCGCGUCUCUUCGUCGUGUCCGGCGGCAGCGGCACGUGGCGCGAGGACCUCCUCUCGCGCGGCGGCGCCGAGGGCGCGGCGCUGGUUGGGACGUGGGACGUGCGCACCUCGCUGUCGGCUGGCGAGGCCAAGGCGUGGGCGGCGCACCAGGCGCUCUGCCGGCACACUGCAUCAAAGGCGGUGUGGGUCGUGUUUUUUCACGACGGCGAGGUGGGCGGCUCCGGCUCAGAGACCAAGGACUGGAGCUUCGAGCUCGUCUACACAGCGGACGACGCGUACAACCCCUCCGUCGACCCGGACCACCCCGGCCUCGUCUUCCCGCUGCCCGGGCCCGGCAGUAGCAAGCAACUGUACAUGAACGAGCGACACCCUCUCACCACGUCUCGAAUGGCUAAACAUAGGCCCGGGAUGUUCGCCGGGAUGAUGCGCACGCUGAUGUACCCUGCGGGCAGCGAGUCGGUCGCGUGCGCGGGCAAGGGCGGCAACAGGGGCGGCGAGUACAUGAUGGAGCGGGCGCGGCAGAUGCUCGUCGCCCAGGGCCACGACGGAGACCCGUCCACAAUCUGCAUGGUGGGCGACCGCUUCGACACCGACAUCCGCGCAGGCGUCGCUGCGCUCCGCCGCCACUACCCUUCGGACGUCGCAGACUAUUUCGCGAACGGCGUCGGAGAGUUGGUGCCGCAGGCGGCGCGGCCGGACAGCCUGAGAGAGGAGAGCCUCACAGGCUGGUCGAGCCUGAUCCGCUCGGGGCGCGGUGACGCCGCCCGCGCCGCGCUGCGGCCGGUGCUGCAGCGGUACUUUGACGCGAUCGACGUCAACGGCGAUGGCGUAGUCGAUGAGGCGGAGCUCAUGAGCGGGUUGGAGCAGGUGGGGCUAGGCAGGCUGGUGCGGCACAGCGGUGGCGGCCUCUCCUCGUCCCAGUUCUCCCUAUGCGAGUGCGGCGUCGGCGAGUCGACACAAAGUCGGAAGCGCGCCAAGACACCGCUUCAGCACCUGUGCCGCACCCUCCCGGGCGAGAAUGGCUUGUCGCCCCUCGCGUCCCGCGUUGCCGCCACCGCCACUAGCACUGGUGUCGCAAUGGGUGUCGCGGCGUCCUCGGCAUUGGGGUGGUGGGAACUGCCGCGGUACGAGAUGGGCGCGUAUGGCAGCGCCUGAGGAGGCGGCGCACGCCCGCGGAGCAUCCUCGAGGGUUCGACAUGCGCCGCGGGGGGGCGCGCCGAGACGGCGCGGCAUCGAGGCGCUCCCGCAGACUGCGCUGCCUCGGCACGCUGCCUGCCGAGGCGCGCGCACUUUGCACAAGCGGCGAGGCAAUGUCGAGAGGGCAGAGGCGGGGUAGGCAAGCCCAUGUUGCGAUGGCAGAGAGAGCGGGGUAGGUCAUGUUGCGAGGGCAGAGGCGGAGUAGGUGGAGCUCAUGUCGAGAGAGGCUGGGUAGAGAGAGUAGGGUAGAGAGAGGCUGGGUAGCGGGGGAGGGUGACGAGGCAUGCGCCUCGCGCCCGCCCACCAGAAAGAGAGCGCGCCGAUCAGAGAGUGGCGCGUCUGCGCCUUAUGCGCCUAGCGGUAGCGGAGGGGGGGAGAGAUAGAUCAGAGACUGAGGUGUGAGGACCCGUAAGUGAUGUCCCACAUGUUCGGCCUGCCGUCGGGCCAGGAGGCUCCUCAGUGGGCGUCUGUUUUAAUUUGCAUAAUCCAUUAAGUCAAAUUCUGUCAAACACGUCACGCGGGAUCCCCCAGGGCCCCCAGGGCCCACAGGCCCUAGCUGGUUGCGAGGGACGACGACGCCCGCCCCCCUUGUCCGUUCUAGGUUAAAGCCGUAGGUUAGAGUACAUGUUUUGCCAACAAUACACCUAAAAC